AUGCGUGUGUUCUGGUUAACAUUCCUCGUCCAAAUCGCUCUGUGCUAUUGUCAGUACAGAUAUGGGCCAGAUCGUCUUUGGAGAAUAACCAACCCGAACGAUCUCAAAUCAAAGGAGCUCUGGUUCCACGAUGGACAGCGUACACUCUACGACAAACUUGCAACGCCCCCAAAUCAAUAUGUAGCCAAAAAUAUUAUAUUCUUCCUUGGCGAUGGAAUGUCCGUACCCACCGUCACGGCCAGUCGCAUCUAUGAAGGACAACUGCGAGGCAUCAUUGGCGAACGUAAUCGCUUGUCGUUUGAGAAAUUUAAUUAUGUGGGACUUUCCAAGACUUACUGUGCGGAUAGACAAGUGCCCGACUCAGCGUGCACAGCGACUGCCUACUUGUCGGGCAUUAAAGCCAAUUAUGUAACAGUGGGUGUUUCAGCAGACGUCGAAGUAAAUCAAUGCGCUGCAGCCAAGCUACCCGAAAACCGAGUAUCCUCGAUCGCAUCAUGGGCGUUGCGUGCACGUAAAUCUGCAGGCUUGGUGACCACAACCCGUGUUACACAUGCCAGUCCGGCUGGCUUGUAUGCCCAUUCGGCGAAUCGGGAUUUUGAGAGCGACGCUGAUAUUGCCGCCGAUACGACUGUCACGAAUCCGGCAGAUUGCUCUGACAUAGCCAAGCAACUGAUCGAGGGCGAUAUUGGCAAGCGUUUAAGGGUUGUAUUGGGUGGUGGUACUUCAAAAUUCUUGCCAACCACCUCUGUGGAUGAAAACGGUAAUCCCGGCGAAAGAGCGGACGGACGGAAUUUGAUCAAUGAGUGGACGUCGGGGAAGCCGGGCAUUAGUCGUUACGUCUAUAAUCGAACAGGACUACUGGGCACUAAUUUACGUCGAACUGAUUAUUUAUUGGGUUUGUUUGCGCCCUCGCACAUGCCUUAUAGUCUGGACAAUCCUGUGAAUACACCCACAUUAUCGGAAAUGACAGAAGCUGCGAUUGGCGUUUUAUCUAAGGAUCCAAACGGCUUCUUCCUUUUUGUCGAAGGCGGUCGCAUCGAUCAUGCUCAUCACGAUACUAAAGCUGCGAAAGCUUUGGACGAAACUGUACACUUCUCGAAUGCCGUAAGACGAGCUCUGGAGCUGACCAAUCCUUGGGAGACGUUGAUUGUAGUUAGCGCGGACCACGCCCAUACAAUGACCAUUAGCGGGUACCCACUCAUAAAUAACCCCAUUACUGGUCUGAACUCGGAAUUGAGCGAUGUAGAUGGAUUACCAUACGCUGUACUUUCUUAUGCCAAUGGUCCUCAUCCCGAACUGUUCUAUCCUUCUACUGGUCGCAUUCCUCCAGUACUUGAUGGUAAAGAUGCGUUGUACCCACAUCCUGUGCCUAUGACAGAGGAGACACAUGAAGGUUCCGAUGUGGCCGUAUAUGCCAACGGACCCUGGGCUCAUCUAUUUACUGGCGUAUAUGAACAAAGUGCUUUACCCCACCUCAUGGGCUAUGCCGCUUGCAUUGGACCUGGCAUUACUUUUUGCGAUCUGCAGCCCAAGUCACGCUAUAAUCCAUUAAUUUAA